AUGGCUCCCGACCCUCAGCAGGCAUCCUCGGACGCCGACGCCUCAGCGCCUGGCUCUUCUGCAGUCCUAGCCCACCGCCAGCGGACCAAGGAGGACUUCGACAAGAUCCUCCUCGAUAAAUAUGUCAACCGGGACCUCGUGCACACGGCGGCGAUGCUGGACGAUGUCGCCAAUCGGACGAAGAACUACAAGCACAUGCGGAACGAGGCAGACGACUACAAAAAGGUGCGCUCCGAAUAUCGACAGUGGUUCCCCCCUAGUCGACUCUACGGUCAGGGCUAUAGUGGUUACGGCAAUGGACACACAGAUGGCACGCCCAAAUUGGUCUAUCCCAACGCGAAGCCGCGGCUGGGACACAAGAAGACGACCAGACUUCGAAUCAAGCGCAAAGAGUUGCAGGCACAGGCGGAUCAGGUUGAAGAACUCGUACCCAUACGAAUAGACGUCGAUUGGGAUAAGCUCAAACUGCGAGAUACCUUCACUUGGAACCUGCAUGACCGAGUUGUGCCUGUAGAUUUGUUUGCGGCGCAACUGGUGGAAGAUUUGGGGUUGGCUCUCCCCCAAGCAAAUCCUGUACUGGACCAGGUCCAGCAGCAAUUGCAGGAGCAACUCACGGACUACUUUCCAACAAUAUAUAUGGAGGAGGAUGCCCUUGACCCUGAACUGCCGUACCAUGCGUACAAGAACGACGAAAUGCGGAUACUCAUCAAGCUCAACAUCACAAUUGGCCCCCAUACAUUGGAGGACAAGUUUGAGUGGGAGAUUAAUAAUCCUCUGAACUCUCCAGAAGAGUUUGCUCAAAGCCUUGCAAGAGAACUAUCAUUAGCUGGGGAAUUUACCACCGCCAUCGCACAUAGUAUACGGGAACAGAGCCAGUUGUUUAUUCGGAGUUUGUACAUUGUUGGGCAUCCAUUCGACGGGCGGCCACUGGAGGAUGCCGACUUACAAGCAGCAUUUUUACCAUCUCCUCUGCCAUCAGUCUUCCGGCCACAACAACAAGCUCGAGAGUAUACGCCGUACUUGUACGAGAUGAGUGAGCAGGAUCUGGAAAGGAGCGAGGUGAUCUAUUCCAGAGAGCAGAGGAGGCAAAAGAGAUCCGUGAAUAGAAGAGGAGGUCCUACAUUACCGGAUUUGAAGGAUAGGCAACGUACAGUGCGGACUUUAGUUGUGUCUUCUGUUAUUCCUGGUGCUGCAGAGUCCGUUGAGAAGAGCCGAUUGUACAAGCAUGUUGGUGGGGCUGGGAAGAAACGUCCUGGUGUUGGCCUUGACCUUUCCGAAUCUUCAGAGAGUGAGGAUUCUUCGCCAGAAUCGCCAGCUAUGUCGAAUCUUCAGUCUGGGACAGCAAGGACGAGAGGGAUGCGCGGAGCAGCGACUGCAGCACAACAAAGGAUGGCGAAUCUUGGAAGGUCAGAGACGCCGGAAGCAACGAUAUUGCAUCAUCAUGAGACUCGGACGUCUGCAAGGAGGUUUGGUGGGACUGCACGAGAUGAAAGUCCGGACCCAGACAAGUUCAUCCUCAGGCUUAAAGUUGGAAGAGAGAGGUUGAGGAGAUGGAAUCGGGAACUGAAGGCUGGGACUCGACCCGCGAAUUUGCAGCACACGCCCACUUUCAACCGUGCCCAGUCUUCUGUUGGUACUCCUGUGCCGGGUUCAAUGGGUCCUCCUUCGACUCCAGGUCAGCAGAAUACAACUCUACAGCCAUCAACAACUCCCGUACCUCAGGGGCAAAUCGGCCGGGUUGAAGCACCACCGCCUCCAGCUCCUGGCCAGCCAGCUCAUGUCCCUCCUGCUCCACCAACCUGGCUCACCCAAGGCCUUGCCGACCUCCUAAAACAAUACCCCAACGAUCGCUUCGAAGGCGUCAUGCGUUACUCAGCCGUCAACACCGCCACCGAGCUCCCCUGCGCCGCGCCCCCAGCCGGCCAACCUACUCCGGAAGGAGUAAAAUACAUGUAUCUGCCUCGCAUCCGCUGCCACGACUGUCCUGGCAAACUGUACACCCCUGGUCCCGAAAUGACUGUAGGCAAUUUCGAAGUCCAUUUGAAGAAUCGGCAGCAUAGAGAAAGGGUUGAUGGCAGGGUUGGGGUGGGUCCGUCGACGCAAGCGAGUUCAAGCGGGAGUGGAUUUUAA